AUGGCGGUGGACUAUGUUUUGAAGUGGGUAGAGGCGGUCGCAACUAGGACCAAUGAACAUCAAGUGCUUGUUAAAUUUCUUAAAGGUAUCUUUAGUCAUUUCACUUGCCCCCAAGCUAUUAUUAGCGAUGAGGGAACUCAUUUCCUCAAUCGUCAUUUUGCUGCACUCCUUUGCAAAUAUUCCAUUACUCACAAGGUAGCCACUUCGUACUAUCCGCAAACUAGUGGACAAGUUGAGGUAUCGAACCAUGAAAUCAACAGCAUCCUUGAGAAAACUGUGAGGAUUGGUGAUGCUUCAUGGGCACAUAGAACGGCCCACAAGACCCCUAUUUUUCAACUUCGACAUGGCCGUUGCCGAUCCCAUCACCACCUCCAACUCAAUGAGUUGGAGGAGAUCCGUAAUGACUCUUAUGAAAAUGCCAAUAUCUAUAAAGAUAGGACCAAGUCUUUUCAUGACAAACACAUUAUUUUGAAAACCUUCAAGCCUAACAAAAAAGUAUGGCUUUUCAAUUCGAGGCUGAAAUUGUUCCCUAGUAAGUUGCAGUCUAGAUGGCUUGAUCCAUAUACUGUGACUCAUGUGUUCCCGCAUGGUACGAUUGAAAUUGAAGAUCUGGAGACCAACACCCUUUCCAAGGUGAAUGGUCAGUGUCUUAAGCCUUGUAUGGAAGGGGUUAGUGAAUGA